AUGAUUUUGAAACCACUUGUGUUAAGAUUAGGACCCGUCGGAUUUGCCAAAGAAGCAUGGAAAUCCCUCGAAAGAGUAGCCAAUGUCGUUACACUAAAUGAAGAUGCUACGCGUGAGAGCUUUCUCAAGGAAUUGAGAGAUCCCAAUGGUAAAUUUUCUAAAGUAAGAGUUAUUGCAAGAACUUUUGAUAGUGUUGCUCAAACCGGUAAAUUUGAUAGAGAAAUUGCAGAAGCCCUGCCAUCAUCAGUGGUUGGUGUGUGCCAUUUAGGUGCCGGUUAUGAUCAGGUUGAUACUACACCACUUAAGGAGAGACAUAUCCAAGUGACACAUGUCCCCGGUGUAGUUAACAAUGCAACUGCUGAUACUCAUGUUUUCCUACUUUUGGGAGCGCUUCGUAAUUUCAAUGCUGGGAUAAAGAGCUUAGAAAAGGGCGAUUGGCCAUCAAAGGGACAUGCAGCAGGUGCUGAAUGGGGUCAUGACCCAGAGGGUCACGUCGUUGGUGUUUUGGGUCUUGGUGGUAUUGGUGGAACCAUCGUUGAUAGGUUGAAACCAUUUGGAUUCAAAAAAUUCAUCUACCACAACAGACGUAGAAUAGCACCAGAGUUGGAGAAGGGUUGUGAAUACGUUUCCUUCGAUGAAUUGUUAAAGCAAGCUGAUAUUAUUUCAAUUAAUAUUCCAUUAAACCCAAAUACGAGACACACGAUAAAUGCAGAGGCAUUCUCAAAGAUGAAGGAUGGUGUCAUUAUUGUCAACACGGCUCGUGGUGGUGUUAUUGACGAAAAGGCUUUGAUUGAAGCGUUGAAAUCAGGUAAAGUCAGUAACUUUGCAGCUGAUGUGUUUGAACACGAGCCUGAGGUUCCGCAAGAAUUGAAAGAAAUGCCACAAGUAUUGGCGAUACCUCAUAUGGGGACAGCAACUGUGGAAACCGCUAAGCACAUGGAGGAAUUCCAUGUUAGCAACGUAGAAUCCAUCAUUCGUACCGGUAAAGGUAGGGCUGUGGUUCCUGAAGUUAUUGAUGAACCAUGGUUAAAAGAUUGUAAACCACUGAUCAACGCACCUCUCUAA